AUGCCCCCAGCACUGAGCAAGGCGAAAACGAAGAAAUGCCAGAAAGCUUGUAUACGAUGUCGGGGCAUGAAGGUGAAGUGUUCUGGUUCUGAGCCAUGUACAAGAUGCGCCCGCAAGAAAAAGCCCUGUCAGUUCCCACCUGAAGAUGUGCGGGUCUCGGUGUCGGAACGCUAUCUGCGUCAACUAGAGGAGCAAUUUUCAAAAGGCAGCCACUCCUCGAACCAUACAAAUGCCCUGGACUCAAGCUCGCUGGCUGGGCCUCCUUACUUGCGCAAUGACGAUGCCGAUUUAUCGCCAGUCAACCCACCUUCGUUUCUUUUGAACGACCGGGGCGGAGAUCAAUGGCGAGAAAUAUCCAAUGAUCUCGAUUCCACACUUCACUCGCCCCAAGCCCGGGCUACUCAAGGUGGACGGCUAAGGGAAGACCUGGACAUGGAGCCCGAUGGGCACAAAUCUCGAUUCUCGCGAAACCCUCUCGUUGAUAGGGAUCCGUCCUUCGCAAAGACACCAGACGGCCGAUUUUGGUAUAUGGGCCCGACCUCAUCGUGGUCGUUCUGUCGGCGCGUCCUCGCCUUGAUAGGAAGAAGCGUACCUGAGGCCAACUGCCCCGAUGAUCCCUGGCAUCUGGACGGAAUGGCAUUCAAGCUACAAUGGCGACCAUUUCCUCCGGAUGAAGUGCCCGACGUCACGAACCUACCACCUCUCGAUUACGCCCUAUUUCUAUUCAGCACUGUGAAGUUUUAUUUUGGAUUUUUAUCUUUCAUGAUUGAUGAAGAACUCUACCUGAAGUCACUGUACGAAUUUUAUGACAACCCAGAAGCCAAGGCGGCCUCCUCGAGAUACUGGUACGCUCAGUACCUACUUGUCCUCGCCUUUGGGAAAGCAUUCCUUACACAGAAAAACCUCUAUGGCACGCCCCCUGGGCACCAGUAUGCGUCCAGGGCAAUGGCUUUGCUCCCAGAUCUAUCUGGGAUGCACGAAGAUCCCUUGUUAUGCAUUCAAGCCUUGAGUCUAGCCGCAGUAUAUCUCCAGUCCAUCGAUAUGAGACGGGCAGCUUUCCAACAUGUUGGACAAGCACUGCGUGGAUGUAUCAUUGAAGGAAUCCAUCGACAUGUGCCAGAGGAAUUAUGCGGACCAGAGCUCUCCAGCCGCUGCAGAACAACCUUUUGGGUGGUUUAUAUGCUUGAUCGGGAGUUCUCGGCUCUUAUAGGUGCACCAAGCUCUAUCAGAGAUGAGGAUAUUACAGUGAGGCUGCCGGCAGAGAUGGAAAACUCUGUUGAACAUAUCAACCUCACACUUCAUGUGCGACUUUCUCGACUAAUGGCCCGCAUUCUCUCCACUGUCUACGGAGUUGGCGAUGAGUUUGAUGGAUCUCUCAUAAGAAAUACUCAGUCAAUUCUUCAUGGGUUAGCAGAGCUCUCCCACGAUUUGACGGUCUUUUUGGAUGAGCAUUUCCAUGGCCUGAUAAGCCGAGCUUCUAAGAUGGCGAUUCGACUUAUGUUGGCUCAUCACCAUUGUGUUGUACUCACAACGCGGCCUCUGGUCAUGUGUGCCCUUCAUAUGCACAUUGAAAAAGCCGAAAGACAACCCUCUCAGCAGAUUUGCUUAUCUCCGCCUGUCGCGUCACUCUUGCAGUGCUGUGCCGAGUCUGCUCAAACAAUUCUGCAAACUCUUCAGACUCUAGCGGAUGAUGAUUUGAUGGAUGCAUUUUUGCCCUUCCAGAUCGAGGAUGCUUCUUCUUCGGCCUUUGUUCUCUAUUUAAUCCGCGCAAUUGCACCGUCAGUUAUCCGCGGCAACUCUUGGUGUGACCAUCUCGAGUGUGUUUUAGAGAAACUUGAGUCAAAGGGCAAUCCGGCUGCACCGCUCCGAAGACGGGAGCUUCGACAAUUAGAGCAAAUCCUGGCACCAUUAACACCCAGGUCAGACCCGAGACCCUUGCCCGCGAUAGAUAUGAAUGGGGAUACGGAAGGAGACGAGAAUCCUUAUGACCUGAGUCAUGUUGACGUGGAAGAGGCAUUCGAAUGGGAUCUCCUCGGGCUCAAUUCCUCUGUCAGCUUGCCUCCACGAGAGCUUCUGGAUUUGGCCGAUCAGUUGGACGUCGAGAGUAUGCUCCAGUCUGUCAGUGGGACUGUAGCCUAG